AUGUCUUUUGCCGGCCACAAUAACCUUUCUACAAAGGCUGUUUCCCAAUACCAUGACGAGAAUGCUCCCGCUUGGGACCAUGACAAAACAAAAACAGACACAAAAAAUGUUCUUGGCACCAAGCCUCAGCCAAAAUUUGAGAUUCGGCUUCCACGUCGUAAUGCCCUUGCUGAUGUUUCCAAUUUGAAAAAUCCUUCAGAAUCAGAACCCUCUACCAAAAAGCGUUCCCUUCAGGAAUCUCAAAAACAGUCUCUUGAGGUUGUUCCUUCCACCGAGGAAGAGCUUGAACAUAUUCAAACCAAGAAGCGUAACAAGUCUUCUGAUAAUGCCGUUUCAACAUUAGAAAAGGGAUCCCAGAAGGUUGUUUCCACUAACACUGAUUUCACGCCUUCCAAUCCUUUAAUGGUUGAAGAAUAUGAGCCAGAAAUCUUUUCUUACAUGGAAAGUUUGGAAAGCAAGUGUCUUCCCAGUGCGGCAUAUAUGGACAAACAACAAGAGCUAACAUGGAAAAUGAGAGAGAUCUUAAACGAAUGGCUUGUGGAAAUCCACACAAACUUUUGUUUGAUGCCUGAAACCCUCUUCUUGGCUGUCAAUAUUGUCGAUCGAUUUCUAUCUUUGCGUGCUUGCUCUUUAACUAAAUUCCAAUUAAUCGGUAUCAGUGCUCUUUUAAUAGCCAGUAAGUAUGAGGAAGUUAUGUGCCCUUCUAUUCAAAACUUUGUAUACAUGACUGAUGGUGCUUUCACUGCUGAAGACGUCUGUACUGCUGAAAGAUAUAUCCUUCGUGUCCUUGAUUAUGACCUUGGUUUCCCUAGUCCUUUGAACUUUAUCCGACGAAUUUCAAAGUCUGAGAAUUACGAUGUUCAAACACGUACACUUGGCAAAUACUUGACUGAGAUUUAUCUUUUUGAACAUCGCCUACUCCAAUACCGUCCCUCCAUGAUUGCAGCUUCAUCCAUGUAUCUUGCUCGUAGGCUUCUUCGUCGUGGUCCAUGGAGCGCCGAACUUGUUAAAGCUUCUGGUGGCUAUGAAGAACAUACAUUAAAACCCGUUGCUUUCAUUCUCCUUCAAUAUCACAACAAACCCGUCGAACACAAAGCAUUUUUUCAAAAAUAUGCUUCUAAAAAGAAUCUCAAGGCAAGCGUUUUUGUGCAUCAGCUUGUUCGACAAAGAUUUUCUGUUACUCAUAAUGCCGAUGAUGAGAUUCAAUCUGACCCUUCCUCUUCUAUCAACAGUGACGGUCAUUAA